AUGAAAAAAAGUGAGAGACUCAAUAAAGACAGUAUCAGAAUUAGUUUUGGGUAAACCGAAAAAAAUAAAGAAGCCAUGGUUUAAUAAAAUAUGCGAGAAAGUACUAGUUCAAAGAAAGAGUCUAAGGACCAUAUGGCUUGGUGAUCCUACAAAUAAAGACAAAGAAGAACAGUAUAAACGAUACCAAAAAGAAGCACAUAACACAUUAAGAAGAGAAAACCGGUUGUACGCCCAAAAAUUGUUAGAAGCGGAAAAAGAUUUUAGAAUAAAUAAUAUACGACAACUAUAUCAGAAGAUAAAUACGACAAGAGGAGGAUAUAAGAAACGAGAGAGGUUUCUAAGAGAAGAUGAUGGGACGCUAGUGACUGAACAAGGGAAGCUUCUGGAGAAGUGGACUGGAUAUUUUGAGAAACUCCUUAACGGUGAUGACCCAGUGGAAGAAUUUCCAAAAGUAAACAUAACUAUAAACGAUAGCGUUUAUACAACACCUUCUAAACAAGAAUUGCAGCACAAAUCAAAAGGCUAAAAAAUCAUAAAUCCCCGGGAGAAGAUGGUAUUCAAGCAGAAAUUCUGAAGAGGGUAGAUGAAGAAGCGAUAUCUAGAAUUCACGAAGUAAUAGAAUUGAUUUGGGAAAAGGAGAGACUCCCGGAAGAUUGGAACACUUCGUUAAUAUGUCCAAUACAUAAGAAAAAUGACCCAUAAGACUGUAAAAAUUAUAGAGGUAUAGCUCUAAUAAAUAUUUCCUAUAAGAUUCUGGCGUAUUGUAUACUCGAUAGGAUAAAACCUUUAUCAGAAGGUGUUUUGGGAGGAAACCAAGGAGGUUUUAGACCUAACAGAUCUACAACAGAUCAGAUUUUCUGUAUUCGCCAAAUUGCACAAAAAUCAUGGGAAUAUAACAAGGAAUUAUACAUUCUAUUUAUCGAUUUUGAGAAAGCAUAUGAUUCCAUCCAUAGACCUACCUUAAUCAACAUAUUAAAAGAAUUUAACUUCCCAAUAAAACUAGUAAACUUGAUUAAGGCUAGUCUUGAAAACACUUUGAUAAAAAUUAAAAUUGCGAAUGCAGUAUCAGAAACAGUUAGAGUAUCUACAAGCUUAACACAAGGAAACGCUCUUUCUCCUGUCCUCUUUAAUCUAGUGCUUGAAAAAAUUGUCAGAGGACUAAAUACUAUUGACGGGGUUGCGAUGGGUAACACGACAAUAGAUUUGCUAGCAUAUGCUGAUGGCUUAGCCUUUUUGGGAAAUAAUUUAGAUACUGUAAAACAGAAUUGUAGAAAACUAAUAAAUGUAGCAGGCAAACGUGGUCUAAAGAUCAAUGACAAAAAAACGAAGAAUGUCAUAAUUGGAAGAAGAAGUAGAAAAUACCAACAAGGAGAGUUUAUGGAAAUAGAUAACCAUAAAUUUAAGAGAGCGUCACAUUUUAAAUACCUAGGAUCUAUAAUAACACAAGAUAGUCACAAGAAGAUCUCCACCUUAAGAUGGAGAUGGACACUAGGAUUCUAAUGGGAAAUAGGUGCUUUUUUGGCUUAGGGAGUAUGUUUAGCUCAAAAAUCUUGUCGACAAAAUUAAAAAUACAAUUAUACAUGACCCUGAUAAAAAAUCCUAAGAAGAAUCUAUGGACCAUGUAUUGAUUCUGAUACUAGAGAAUGGAGGAUACGCCACAAUGAUGAACUGAAGAACUUGUUUCAAAAACCAGACAUUAUAUCCGAAAUUAAUAGGAGAAGA